AUGCCUUCCGCCGUAAUCGCCAACGACCCGGCGCCGGCGCCACCGCUCCGGAAAUGGCAACGCCCUGCCAAAACCACAUUCCAGCUGCCGUGGGCGGAUAUCCAAGUCAUUGACCUGUCAAGGUACGAUGAGCCGGGCGAGAAGCAACGGCUAGCGGAACAGUUGAGGAAGGCUGUGCACGAGACGGGCUUCUUCAGUGUGACGGGCACCGGCCUCAGCGAGGAAGAGGUCCAACGACAAUAUAACAUUGGACAGGCUUUUUUCGAUCUUCCCGCUGAAGAAAAGGACAAGCCCGAAUACAAGUGUGAUUUCUCCGUGGGGAACUAUUUCGGGUACCGUGCUCCAUAUGAGAAGAAGAUCAUGUCCACCGAGGUCAAAGACAUUGUCGAGUCGUUCAACUUGGCGAAAUUCAUCCCCCAGUACGCCAACGAAGCGCGGCAUCCGUUCUUCAACACGUACAAAACGGAGAUUGAGGACUUUUCUCGCAAAGCAUUGAGCAUCGCCAGCAAGAUCUUCACCCUCUUCUCCAUCAUUCUUGAAUUGCCCGAAGACUAUUUCUCGUCCAAGCACGAAUACGACUCGCCCAGCGAAGACCACCUGAGGUACAUGACCUACCAUCCCCGUUCCGUCGAGGAAGACGCCCUGGUCGAGAACACGUGGAGUCGCGCUCACACGGACUUUGGGUCCCUGACGCUGCUCUGGAGCCAGAACGUCGCGGGCUUGCAGAUCAAGACGCAGACGGGUGAGUGGAAGUACGUGCCGCCGGUGGACAACGGCAUCAUCUGUAACGUGGGCGACACGCUCGACUUCUGGUCAGCCGGAUACUUCAAGUCCACCACGCACAGGGUGAUUCGACCCCCGCCCGACCAGACGCACGUCGACCGACUGGGUUUGUUCUACUUCGUCAGGCCUGGGGAUAAUGUCGACAUCAAGCCCGUCGCGUCGCCUUUGCUCAAGCGAAUGGGUUUGGUGAGGGAGGAUCAGGAAGACGCUGCGCCGAUUACGGGUCUGCAAUAUGUCAGAGAGAGGGUCAAGAAUUACCACAACCACACAGACUAUGCCGACAUGCGUGGGAAGAAGUUUAAGAUUGGGAACCUGGAAAUCGAGGACGAGGCGGCUUAG